GUCAAUGAUUUUUGAAGGCUAAAAACUAGCUAGUCUCCAUCACUUUGUUUUCACUCUGUACCAAAAACCCAUUUUCAAAUGGUUUCUUUUUGGUACAGAGGCUUCAUUCCUAAAGCUCUGUCAGUGGUGGCGCCACUGCUGCUGCUGCUAGGCUGCGCCGCCGCCUCAGAGGCGGCGGUACCCAAUAAUUUCAACAGCAGCAACAUUAUCAGAAGUAGAGAUAUUAUAAGCAGUGGCUGCAAUUUGUUUCAAGGAAAAUGGGUCGUCGAUUCUACCUACCCGUUUUACGAAUCAUCCACCUGCCCGUUUAUCGACCCGGAAUUCGACUGCAUCAAGUUCGGCCGACCCGACAAACAGUACCUCAAGUUUUCUUGGAAACCCGAUUCCUGCAACUUGCCCAGAUUUAAUGGGGUGGAUUUUCUGAAGAGGUGGAGCGGGAAGAAGAUAAUGUUUGUGGGUGACUCACUGAGUUUGAAUCAGUGGCAAUCACUUGCUUGUAUGAUUCAUGCCUCGGUACCCAAUUCUAAAACAAGCUACGUCAGACUUGAGUCGCUUUCUUCUGUUACAUUCCAGGAUUACGGAGUAAGCCUACUGCUAUACCGAUCACCGUAUUUAGUGGACAUAACCCGAGAGAAAAUAGGGAGAGUACUGAAGCUGGACUCGAUUCAACAAGGCAAUGCAUGGAAAGGAAUGGACAUGCUCAUAUUCAACACAUGGCAUUGGUGGACCCACAAAGGAAACGCCCAAUCAUGGGACUACAUACAAGAUGGCUCCACUAUAUCUAAAGACAUGAAUCGUCUAAUGGCAUUCUACAAAGGUUUGACCACGUGGGCCCGAUGGGUUGACCUUAAUAUCGACCCAGCCAAAACCAAGGUUUUCUUCCAGGGGAUUUCUCCUACUCAUUAUCAGGGUAGGGAUUGGCAGUCAGCAUCAUCAUCAAAGAACUGUAACGGGGAACAACUACCUUUGACAGGAUCUACAUAUCCAGGCGGGGUACCACCUGAGGUCGAGGUUGUUAGCAGAGUAAUAAACAGGAUUAAGAAACCUGUUUUUCUGCUGGAUAUUACGACUCUGUCUCAGUUAAGAAAAGAUGCUCAUCCGUCUGCUUAUAGCGGUGAUCAUUCGGGGGUGGAUUGUAGCCAUUGGUGCCUACCUGGAUUGCCGGAUACAUGGAACCAGCUCCUAUAUGCAGCUCUUGUAAUGUGAUCUAUAGCAAGAUUGUAUUUCGUCUUUGUUGUCUAUAAUUCUGUCAUUUUGUUUGUAGAGUGGGUUUAUUAGAUUUGUGGGGAUAUACUCAGAAACCACGUUUGAUUUGUUUGAGGUAGCAAAAUAAGGGGGGUGACGAAGGAUGAUUCAACUGUAAUAUAUUCACAUAUUGCAUGCAAGAACAGGAUUUUCUU